UUGACAUUUUAUUGAUUACCAAUUGAAUUGAUUUGUUUGUGAUACUGUUAAGCAAUUAAAUUGUUGCUUUGUUAAUUGUUGUUCGGUGUUGAUGUUAAAAUGUCUUCUAAUGUUAAUUGUAACUCUAAUUUUGAUGAUUGUGAUUUGAUGUUCAAUGAAUUUGCUUCUGCCUUUGGUUCAUUGGAUCUCGAAGGUUUCACUCGGAUGAUUAAUCAAUUGUUCAAUGGUUCUAAUCAACAAUUAGAUUCAUCAUCAUGUUCACCUGAUCAAUUGAUUCAAGUUUUUAAUACCUUUGAUUGCGAUGGCGAUGGUUGUAUUAAUAGAGAUGAAUUUAAAUCCAUGUGGUCUAAAUGGUUGUCGAUUGUGAUUAAACCAAAAUCAGCUCUAAUUGUGGUCGAUGUUCAAAAUGAUUUCAUUUCUGGUUCAUUGGGAUUGGAAAAUUUUCCAAGUGGAGUUAAUUGUUCAUCAAUUGUUCCAAUCAUCAAUUCACUGAUUGAUCAAUGUUCAUUUGAGAUUGUUGUUUAUACUCUUGAUUGGCAUCCAGAAGAUCACAUUUCAUUCAUUGAUAAUGUUCAUCUGAGAAAAGUAAAACAAUUAAAUGGUAAUCAGGUUGAUGGAAAUUGUGAAGAGAAAUCGUUGAUUGUUAAUCCAUUUGAUUGUCUCACUUUUCAUAUCGAUCAUGUUGGUGAAAGGAAUCAAAUUGUUUACCCAAAACAUUGCGUCCAAUCAACUUGGGGAUCACAAUUACAUGACCAGUUGAAGGUGAUUAAAGGAGCAAUUAAAGUCUACAAAGGGACCAAUCCAAUUGUCGACAGUUACUCAGGAUUCAAGGACAAUGAAGCGAUAACAUGGACACAAUUAGAUGAACAAUUAAGAUCCAAUGGAAUCACCGAUGUUUAUAUUUGUGGUCUUGCUUACGACAUUUGUGUCUAUCACACAGCCAAAGAUUCACUGUCAUUAAAUUAUCGGACAAUUAUAAUCGACGAUUGUUGCAAGGGGACAGAUGACAAGAAAAUUGAUUCAAUUCGUAAACAAUUAACUUCAAACGGUUGUUUAAUUGUUCAAUCCAAUCAAAUUGAACCAAUUGUUUCAGGAACAAUCAAACCUUGGCCAUUAGCUUAUCAUGCAACUCGAAAUUUAAUGAAUUCUAAAUGAUCGAUGUCUCAGAUUGAUUUUAAUAAAAAACUGCGAAAAUUUUA